AUGUUUGUCGUAGACUUCAAAAUAACUGAAGAGAAAGUACCCUUAAAUCACAGCUUUGAGGAAAAAAAUCUAAGACAUAGUGGUUACUUCUCUUCAUCAUAUGCUGUGAAAAAAAUUCGGGUUGGAAUCUAUAUGCUUCUAGUGGAGAUGUGUGAAAGGUUCACUUUCUUUGAAGUCGUCUGCAACAUGAUCCCCUUUUGCACGGUCAAGCUUGGCUAUCCCAACUACCAGGCUGCCAUUCUCAACUUGUGUUUUAUUGGAAUUUCAAUACUUACCCCUGUGUUUGCGGGAUGGUGUGCUGAUGUCUGUCUAGGAAGGAACAAACUGGUCUAUAUUUGCUUAUUUCUGCAUUUUCUAGGCACUGCUUUGCUGUCGAUGGUGGCUUUUCCUUUGGAAGAUUUCUAUAUAGGUAGUCGCCAUGUGAUCAACAGCAUACCAAAGAAGGUGCAGAGCAGGCUGUUUUACCUGGCACUGGUGGCCACCUGCCUGGGCACAGGAGGAGUAAGAGCCAUCGUUUGUCCACUGGGUGCUCACAGCCUCCAGGAGCACGGAUCACAGAAACAAACGUCGUUUAACUGGUUUUAUUGGAUCACGAACCUAAAUGCAACUGUUGUCUUCCUGGGAAUAGCUUACAUUCAGCACUCCGGGGCGUGGGUCCUAGUUUUACUUAUUCCUUCUAUGUCUUCACUUAUGGCUCUGAUAACUCUUCAUAUGAUGCAUUAUAACCUGAUUUAUCAGCCAGAAAAAUGUUGCUCCCUCCUGACAACCUUUGGGGUGUUUGUGAAUGCACUGAAAACAUGCUGUCUGCGCCACUGCCAUCGCUGUAGAGAUUUGACAAACUGGUUAGACCACGCCAAGGAAAAAAAUGGUGGCUGCUACAGUGAGCUCCAUGUGGAAGACUCAAAAUAUUUCUUCAGCCUUCUCCCUCUCUUUGCUUUUCAGCCUCUUUACAAAUUGUGUAUUAUGCAGAUUCCUUCAGGAUUUUAUCUGCAGACCAUGAAUUCCAACCUGAAUUUGGAUGGAUUUCUCCUGCCAGUUGCAGUAAUGAAUGUCAUCAGCAUUCUACCAGUAUUAAUUCUGGCUCCAUGUAUGAAAUAUUUCAGCACCUGUCUAUUUCCUUCUAAGAGAGAUGGACCAUUUCUGUUGACAUGCAUUCUCGCUGGACAUCUUUCUGCUGCAUUGUCUGUGAUGGCAGCUGGCUUCUUUGAAAUACACAGAAAGCACUUCCCGUCGGUGGAGCAACCUCUUUCUGGCAAACUUCUCACCGUUUCCUCCAUGCCCUGUUCCCACCUGGUUCUUCAGUAUGUUUUACUUGGAGUGGCCGAAACCCUGGUCAGCCCAGCCUUCUCUGCAAUAUCAUACAGAUUUGUUCCAAGUACCAUCAGAGGAACCUCUAUGAAUUGUUUGACCCUGUUCAAUGGAUUUGGUUGUUUCACGGGGGCACUGCUGGUGGAGUCAGUAUAUCUCAUCUCCGAAGGCAAUUGGUUUCCAAACACAUUAAACAAAGGCAAUUUAGAAAGCUUCUUCUUCUUCUUGGCAUCAUUAAUGUUGUUGAACGUCCUGGGAUUCUGGAGCAUUUCACAAAGAUAUUGUAAUCUAAAUCAUUUUAAUGCCCGGAACAUCAGUGGAAGUAAUCUAGAAGAAACACUUCUCCUCCGUGAAAAGUCUCUGAAAUUUUAUGGCAGUACGCAGGAAUUUUCUUCAAGUAUUGAUCUUUGGGAGACAGCCCUAUGA